CUAGUGUUGAUUUAAUGAAGGAUACGCGAUUGGCUGCUGGUUAGCAUUGUCACACUAAGGUGACAUGCGUCACAGCAGAAUGUUCGGUGUAGCAAACUCGCCCGACUUUGACCGUCAUGUCUUUCGCUCGCCCGCGUCUUGUACUGGGCUUCGCGCCUAGGAUAGUGGCGACACAGCGUUCUAUUGCGCUGCGCUCGUCGCUAGUGGCAUACCGCAACAUUCACAGUACCCGCUGCUCGCACGCAGAGCAUCUUGAAAGCCGACUCGAAGGUCCAAUAAGGUCACCGCCUCUAGGUGCAGGAAGUUUGACCGCAAAGGAUGAGCCCGGAAAGGAUAUUGACCCUUACAAGGAUGGGCAAAGUGCCAUUGACAAAGCCGUUCAUCUCUUCUUCUUUACCGAGAUUAUCCGAGGAAUGUGGAUUGUUCUGGAGAAUUUCUUCAGGGAGCCUUACACUAUAAUGUAUCCAUAUGAGAAGGGUCCUCUGUCUCCUCGUUUCCGUGGAGAACACGCUCUCCGACGGUAUCCCAGUGGUGAAGAGCGGUGCAUCGCUUGCAAACUUUGUGAGGCUAUUUGUCCUGCUCAAGCGAUUACCAUCGAGAGUGAAGCCCGCGCGGAUGGUUCCAGAAAAACAACUAAAUACGAUAUCGACAUGACGAAAUGUAUCUACUGCGGUUUCUGUCAAGAAGCUUGUCCGGUUGACGCGAUCGUUGAAACACAAAAUCAGGAGUUCUCCACGGAAACUCGCGAGGAACUCCUGUAUAACAAAGAGAAGUUGCUUGCAAAUGGCGACCGGGCAGAGGCCGAAAUUGCUGCUAACUUGUAUUCGGACCAUGUUUACCGGUGAAGUAGUAGUUUAGAUGAGUCGUGUACUUAUCUGAUGGUCCAAUUCUGAAUUUCUUCACCUGAUGUCAUCAAGAUUGAACAGUAAGCUUGAAGACAGGCGCCUUCUGAACACGUUGAUCCGGCCGCCUCGUUGCAGCUGCGAUUCGAAUGACUUGCGCGAUGUGUGUGAAUGACGAAAAUGUCUUCCAUUCGUGCAAGCUGCAUCAGAUAUGAGGGAAGGGGCACUUCUCAGUCACAAUCUUGUGUCUUUAAGCUUAGGUUAUCG